AUGAUCUUCGAACCACUUAUUCGACAUCCCCUUCCGUCGAAGGACCUUCUUUCCUAUAUCUUCUCCGACCCGGAUUAUAAUCAUGACCAGCCGAUGUACGUGGACGUGCACGACACUUCACGCUCGAUCUCGUAUAACCAGGCUCGUGUCAUCAUCCGCCAAUUGAUCGGGGGGCUGCGCGCAUGGGGCGUCAAGAAGGGCGAUUGCGUUGCAAUUAAUUCAUUCAAUGAUAUUUACUAUUGCAUGCUCGUGCUGGCGAUCAUCGGCGCGGGGGGUAUUUUUACCGGCACGAAUCCUUCUUACACGCCGCUCGAAUUAGCGCAUCAUUUCAAGACGUCGGAGGCGCGAUUUGUGAUCUCAGAGCCGGAACUUGUCAGUGCCGUUCAAACCGCCAUCAAAGAGUCGCGGAUUCCCGACAGGAAUGUACGCGUGUUCAAUCCCCGCGAUCAGCCCAUCCCGGAAGGUUAUCGGUCGUGGACGGAGUUCUUCGAGGCGGGCGAGGCGGAUUGGGUAUCGUUUGACGAUGAGAAGAUUUGCACCGAGACGACAGCCGCACGGUUGUUUAGUAGCGGGACGACUGGUCUACCGAAGGCUGUGACUAUCACGCAUCGGAACCUGAUCGCGCAACAUGAGGUGGUGUUUGAAGUGAAUCGGAAACCGCAUCAGAUAUCCCGCGUUGUCGCAGUCCCCAUCUUCCAUGCCGCAGCCGUGCCCUCAGUUCACUUCAGCACACUUAAGGCCGGCCAACCGACCUAUAUCAUGCGUCGGUUCGAACUGGGAGAAUUUCUUCGCACAGUCGAGAAGCACCAAAUCACUGAGCUGGCCAUCGUCCCGCCCAUCGCCCUCGCUAUCAUCAUGAGCCCCAUGUCCCGCGAGCGCCCGUAUCUCAAAUCACUGAAAUCAGCCGCCUGUGGCGCGGCGCCGCUAGAUAAAUCAGCCCAGGCCAGAUUCCAGGCCUUAAUGUCCGAAGGUGCGCCGUUUACGCAGGUCUGGGGCAUGACGGAGACUUCCUGUGUGGCGACGCUGGUCCGGUAUCCGGAAAACGACGACGGGGGUAGUGUUGGACGGUUGGUGGCGAAUCUGGAAGCGAAGUGUGUUCCCCCUCCUCCGUUCUGUUUUGUGGAAACCUAUCCAUCAAUGUUGCUCCUCGGCGGGGCUGAUAAACUAUCUAGGCUGGUCAACGACAAAAACGAGAAUAUCUCCGCAUUUAACGUCCGGGGCGAGCUCUGCGUCCGUGGCCCAACGGUCACACCGGGGUAUUUCAACAACGACGCAGCGAACGCCGAAUCUUUCGACGCCGACGGGUGGUUCCACACGGGUGAUAUCGCGUAUUGCGACCAGCGCACGCUCAAAUGGUACAUCGUCGACCGCAAGAAGGAGCUGAUCAAGGUGCGCGGGUUCCAGGUUGCGCCGCCCGAGCUGGAGGCCGUGCUGUUGAGCCAUCCGCUCAUCGUCGAUGCGGCGGUGAUCGGGCUGCGCGGGGUGGUGCCGGACUCGGAGCUGCCAAGGGCAUAUGUGGUGAAACGACCGGGGGCCGAGGGCGAGAAGUUGACAAACGUGCAAGUGAGGGAUUAUUUGGAGGAGAGGUUGGCGAGGUAUAAGGCGUUGACUGGUGGAGUGAAAUUCGUGGAUGCCAUUCCGAAGAAUGCGAGCGGGAAGAUUUUGAAGAAGGUGCUGAGGGAGGAGAGUCAAAAGGAGAUUGAUCGGGGAGUGAAAUUGUAA